CCUCGCUGGGGCUGAGUAAAAGGGAAGCCACGUUGACACAAAAAGUGGUGUUUUAUGUUAUUUUUCCGACGCCGACAAGUGACGGACACGUCGUCAACUUACAUCUGACAAUUCAGGAACCUCAACUGUAACAUUUAGGGAAAGGACAGAGAAGCCACAUCAUCUGACAGGAUGAGUGUUGGAUUCAUUGGAGCAGGCCAGCUGGCUCAUGCACUGGUGAAAGGGUUCACAGCUGCAGGUGUGAUUGCUACACACAGGAUUACAGCCAGCUCCCCAGACACAGACCUGCCGACUGUGUCGGGGCUGAGGAAAAUGGGGGUGAACCUGACAACUAGCAAUAAAGAGACUGUCAAUAAGAGUGAUGUGCUCUUCCUGGCUGUGAAACCCCACAUCAUCCCCUUUGUUCUGGAUGAGAUUGGGCCAGACAUUGAGGACCGUCAUCUCAUAGUGUCCUGUGCUGCAGGUGUAACCAUCAGCUCCAUAGAGAAGAAGCUGCUUCAGUACCGUACAGCCCCUAAGGUCAUGAGGUGUAUGACAAAUACUCCGGUGGUGGUGAGAGAGGGAGCUACAGUGUACGCCACUGGGACACAUGCAGAGGUGGAGGAUGGCAAGUUACUGGAGCAGCUGAUGGCUAGUGUAGGUUAUUGCACUGAGGUGGAGGAGGACCUCAUUGAUGCCGUCACCGGGCUGAGUGGCAGUGGACCGGCAUAUGCGUUCACAGCGGUGGAUGCUCUCGCAGAUGGAGGAGUGAAGAUGGGUCUGCCCAGGAGACUGGCUGUCAGACUUGGAGCUCAGGCCCUACUGGGAGCUGCUAAGAUGUUGCUCGACUCAGAGCAGCACCCCGGCCAGCUGAAGGACAACGUGUGCUCACCAGGGGGUGCCACCAUCCACGCACUGCAUGUCCUGGAGAGUGGUGGCUUUCGCAGCCUCUUGAUCAACGCAGUGGAGGCUUCAUGCAUCAGGACACGGGAGCUGCAAUUCCUGGCAGACCAAGAGCGUAUUUCUCCAGCAGCCAUUAAGAAAACCACAUUGGACAAGGUGCUCCAGCAACCUGGAGUCACAGUCAGCGGAGUGGCUAAUGGGAACGGUAGAUCGGGGCUCAACCUGUUCAACAAUCGCAGCCCAGGGAUCAAGAAGAAGAACUGAGGACACAGUGGGGCAGGCACACACACAAACAUGUUACAGGUUCAAGUGUACUACAUGUACACAUGUGGACAUACAUACAUCUUAAACUAUUCAGCCAUAGAAAUUACAAAACGGACUCGGGACUGGUCUGAGAUCACAUCCAAAUUACUUUGCCAAAAUUAUUUAUUCAUACUUGAAUAACACGCGGACAGUGGACGUGAUGGUGUCACCACCACCUUACACACAAGCACAGGUGCAUUCCGGGUGCAUUGCUCACAGUUAUAGCCUUAUGUUGUGAUGCAGACUGUCUACAAAUACACAAAUCCAGAUACACACUGAAGAGCAAGAGUGCAUUUACAAUCUGUUGUCUAUCUGUUUGGGCUCUAGACUAUGUAGAGCUGUUGAACAGUAAUGACCCAGUGGGCCAUAAUGGGAUCCUGGUACCGGCAGCAGAUGGCUGCUGGGAUACCAUCAAGCUGUUAGUGUAUGUCUUAAAUGUCUUUAUUUAAAAACAAAUGAAGCCACCUUGUAAAUCAUCACGUACCGUUCUUUUGUUUGUAAACAAAUAAUUAUCUUUGUUUGGCAAACAGUGUUAUACGGUUAAUGACUGAAUAUGGACUGAACAAAAAUUUUAAUAACUUUAUAUUUGCUUGUUUUGAUUGUCAUAUAUGAACACUAUGGUCCUCAUGGAUACAAUACCCUCCCUGCGUGUUACAAUGGGGUUUCUAGCACAUCAAGAACAUUGUGCCUUUGACCCUUAAACAAUUUUUUUUUCUCACACAUAAAGGUCAUUCCAAGCUUGAAGACACCUCUGAUGUCAACAGUUUUCCUCAGAUCCCUCUGUUCUCUUUCUGUCAGCUAGUUUUUGUUGCGCUUACUUCAUGACAUUGUGGGUCUUAAACCCAAAAUCUUGACCUGUUAUCUUGAACCUUCAGAUGUUUUACACCAUCAAGGCACUUUUUGUGUUUUCUCUCAUAAGGGAAUG